AUGCGUGCCCAACCUUUCACAACGACCGGUUUGGUCGCGCUUCUAAACCUUUGCAGCGUUGUGCGCGGAGUCACAGAUCAGGAUCGUAUCGCCAAAUGUUUGUCGCGAUACAGCCGAGGAAAUAUUUCUGGUAGCUGCAACAGCACCAAGGUGUACAAUACCGACUUUGCUGGUGUGACCUGGGACGACGACAACUGGCUCCUCAGCACCACAACCCUUGAACAAGGACGUUACCAGUCAAGAGGCUCUGUGGCCAAUGGCUACUUUGGAAUUAGCGUUUCGAGUGUCGGCCCAUUCUUUGAAUUGGACUCUGAGGAGGAUGGCGGUGAUGUGAUCAGCGGCUGGCCACUCUUCUCGAGACGUCAGUCAUUCGCUACCAUUGCUGGCUUUUGGAAUGCCCAACCCGACACGAACGGCACCAAUUUCGGCUGGCUGCAGCAGUACGGCUAUGAGAGCGUAAUCAGCGGCGUACCUCACUGGAGUGGCCUGGUUCUCGACCUAGGCAACGGCGUUUAUCUGGACUCCACGGUUGAUAACAAGACAAUCACCAACUUUCGAUCGACGUACGACUUCAAGGCCGGAGUGCUCAGCUGGUCUUAUAAAUGGUCUCCUUCUGGAAGCAACAAUGGCUCUUAUGACAUCCGAUACCUUAUGUUCACGAACAAGCUGCACAUCAACCAGGCUGUCGUGGAUCUUGAGAUUGUUCCCUCCGUGGAUUCCAACGCGACAGUGGUGAAUGUGAUUGAUGGGUAUUCUGCCGUUCGCACAGACUUUGUGAAAUCUGGCGAAGAUGCCGGCGCUAUCUACUCGGCUGUCCGCCCUACCGGCAUCGCCAAUGUCACAGCCUACAUAUAUGCUAAUAUGACGGGCUCCAAAGACGUGGGCCUUCACCAAAAGACUCUGGUGAGCAACAAGCCGUAUAUUCGAAAGAACGAAUCGUCUAUUGCUCAAGCUGUACCCGUCAAAUUUUCUGCCGGAAAAGCUGUGCGCAUCACCAAAUAUGUUGGUGCGGCAUCUAGUGACGCUUUUGAGGAUCCUCAAGCGGUCGCAAAGCGUGCGGCAUCCUCCGCCCUAUCUCAAGGAUUCUACAAGUCUUUGCGCUCUCACGUCAAGGAAUGGACCGAUGUGAUGCCCGACCAUUCGGUUGACAGCUAUGCCGACCCCAAAAAUGGAACUCUACCCCAGGACAACUACAUCAUCGACUCUGCCAUCAUCGCAGUCGCAAACACCUACUAUCUACUCCAGACUACUGUGGGACCCAAUGCUCAGAAGCUUGUUAAAAACGCCCCUGUCAAUGUUGAUAGUAUCUCUGUUGGUGGCCUUGUGUCGGAUUCCUAUGCUGGUCUCAUCUUCUGGGACGCAGAUCUCUUCAUGCAACCUGGCCUGGUUGUGUCGCACCCGCAGUCUGCCGAACGCAUCACCAACUAUCGUGUCAAGAAGUAUGGCCAAGCCAAGGCGAAUGCUCAAACCAGCUACGCCGGCUCUCAGAAUAAGACAGUCUUUUCCAAAGAUGCCGCCGCAUAUCCUUGGACAAGCGGCCGAUUUGGCAACUGUACUGCCACUGGACCAUGCUGGGACUACCAGUACCAUCUGAAUGGAGACAUUGGCAUAUCACUUGUUAACCAACUGGUGGCUACCGGCGAUACUCGGUACUUCAAGGACACAUUGUUUCCAGUCUAUGACUCCAUCGCAACACUGUACUCAAACUUGCUUGCUCCAAACGGUUCAUCCUGGACUGUUACGAAUAUGACGGAUCCUGACGAGUACGCCAACCACGUCGACGCGGGUGGCUACACCAUGCCACUGAUUGCCGAGACUCUGCAGACGGCCAACACGUUCCGAGCCCAAUUCGGCCAAGAAAAGAACGCGACUUGGAACUCCAUGGCAGCCGACGUACUGGUUCUUCGCGAGAAUGGUGUUACAUUGGAAUUCACCACCAUGAACGGAAGUGCUGUUGUCAAGCAGGCUGAUGUUAUAUUGAACACCUUCCCGCUUUCUUACACAACGAACUACACCACGCAGGACUCUUUGAAUGACUUGGACUACUACGCCAACAAGCAAUCAGCGGACGGGCCAGCCAUGACCUGGGCUUUCUUUUCCAUUAUCGCCAAUGACAUCUCACCGUCUGGCUGCUCAGCGUAUACAUACUCACAGUAUUCGUACAAGCCGUAUGCUCGCGCACCAUUCUAUCAACUAUCAGAACAGUUGAUUGACAACGCCACCAUCAACGGUGGAACACAUCCGGCCUACCCAUUCCUCACUGGCCAUGGCGGCGCAAAUCAGGUGGGAGUCUUUGGAUACCUCGGAUUACGAUUACUGCCAGACGACGCCCUCCAUAUCAACCCCAACUUGCCUCCACAGAUUGAACACCUGAAAUAUCGAACCUUUUACUGGCGCGGUUGGCCGUUCUCUGCGUGGUCAAACAUGACACAUACGACCGUGCAGCGGGCUAAGCACGUCAAGCCACUGGAUUCUGCAGACAAGCGCUUCGCAAACAAGACAAUCACCGUUGACGUAGGUACAGAGACCAAUUCAACCGCCUACCAUUUGUCCGUCAAUGGUGUUGUCGUUGUACCCAACCGAGACAUUGGUCAUAUCAACACAACCCCCGGGAACCUGUUGCAAUGCAAAUCAGCCGAAUCUCCAGGCGACUAUCGUCCCGGACAAUUCCCAAUUGCAGCCAUCGACGGUGCCACAUCUACCAAAUGGCAGCCAUGGUAUGCGAAUAAUCUCAGUUCCAUUACUGUCAUGCUUGCAAAGGACGAUAUUGGCACAAUGGUAUCGGGAAUGCAUUUCAACUGGGCACAGUCUCCGCCUGUAAACGCGACGGUGAUCUUCCACAACUCGACGCUGAAGAGUUUCGCGGGCCUGGAUUUCGGUGCCUCCACCAAGAACUCCAAUUUCACGGUCGUAUCGCACUUGACAAAUGUUGAAUUGUCAAACCCAUAUGACGCGCAGUCCACCAACCUGGAUGCCAUUGCCAUUCCAACCGGCAACACCACAAAUGUGACUCUCAGCGAGCCUGUCCCGGCAAGUAAAUAUGCAACUUUGCUUAUUGUCGGGAACCAGGGCCUCGACAAGGUGGACAUUGACAACAAAAAUGGCACUGGGGCUACUGUUUCUGAAUGGGCCGUCAUAAGCGAUGCGAGAAAGGAGACGGACGGGAAGUCUAAGCCCGCCAAGUUGAGGAGGAGUCUCACUUGGCGCGAGAAGACUAUGCUCAAGGGUCGCAUGCUGUAG